AAUAUCCAUGGAUCACAUUGAUGAGGGUUCCUUACAUAUGGAGACCGUUCCCACUCAGCAUGAGGCUAUGCUAUUACUCAGCGGCAUCACAGUACCUACAUUCAGCAACUACAUUACUCGUGCCCUGGGACGCAAUCAAUUUGCUGCCUCGGCGCAUGGUGUUUCACGAUGGCACAGGCCAGAUACAAUCAAGUGCCGUGGGUCUCAUUCACUAUCUCACAAGAUUAAACACCGAGGGGACAAGGCUACGAGAUUUGUUGACUGGCGGAAACUCUCCAAGCAUCCACGGGCAUGCUGCGCGAACAUAUCGCGAGGCGGAACUUACCAUGGCCUGCAAAUGUCCUGCUCUCACUCUGACGAGUCAGCGAUAUUGGGGGGGCCCUUGGCUCGUUAGUGGAUGAAAUGGAUGCCGUUCUACAGAGUCAUGGGGCGGACGACGUGGAAAAGCUAUAAGAACUGACUGAUUCUGUCGACGUAGAGCAAUGGCCGUUGUCUGUGUCUGGAACCUACUCCGAUCAUCACAGACGCCCUCUACACGACUCACAAUGCAUCUUCCAAGUCUUUCCGUUCUGGUAGCCCUCGCCCUGGGCAGCCACAGCGUUGUCGCUCAGAACUGCAGAGGCAACGUUUCCUCCAUGUGGCGCUGCUUGCGCUCUGACAACACCAACUCGGGUUAUACCACCUCGUGCUGUCCCCGUACGAAUAGUUUCAUGGAAAACGGAGCCUGUUGCACCACCAACUGGAGUGCCUUCCAGUCGUGCUGUUCGACGCACAACGGCUACUUUGCCGCCAAUGGCUAGAAAAAUUGAGAAGAAUCAUUCAUUACACGGGAGGGCUGGAGCAGUGUAGGCUAGAGAAAAACCAUCACGUUCAUUGUGGGAAGAAUUCAGCGAGACAUAAGUAUAUGUGAAUUGACAAGACCGGCUCGCACAGCGAGUACGGAUGUACUUUUGCU